CAUCAUUGCUUCAAUCCUUCAUCGUGCUUCGAGAAGUCGAGGCACCAUGCAUUUAUGCAUACCUCAACUGCGCGAAGACGGCCCGUCAAGGCUUGCACGGAAUGCAAGCAAGUGAAGCUUCGGUGCGAUGCUAAUGAAACUUUCCCCCGUCCUUGUUCUCGGUGCGACAAGCGAGGUCUGUCAUGCGCAAUUGAUGCAGAUUUCAAACGAACACCUACACGGCAGCGUCUUGAGUCCGUGACAGAGGAACUCCGGCGUCUGAAGCAAACACUCAAAUCGCAGCCCAAGGAUGAGCGAGUCGACCACAUCUGCAGUCCGUCGACCAGUGCGCCGUUAUCAAAAGAUACCAUAUUGCCAAAUGGUCAAUCGUCGCUGCCAACUGACGAACUCGUCUCUGAGGCUCCCUUCGGCUUACCCAAUGAGGAUGCCUCUCCUCCAACACUGAUCGAAGCCGAGCUUGGUAAUAGCCGCUUUAGCAGAAAGGAGAUACGCGACUUGUUCAAGCUCUUCUACGCAUCCUUCCACCCCCACAUGCCAAUUAUCGACACCACAAUACCCGUGCAGACAAUCAAACAAUCCAGCCCUUUCUUGUUCUGGACCAUUGUCUUCAUUGCGAGCCGAUUCCAUACCAAGUAUGUGGCCAAGUCGAACCUUCUGGUCGAAUCGUAUUCGGAUCUCGUGAAUCGGACCAUACUGAAGCCACCACAUUCGUUUCAUACAAUCCAGGGCAUCCUAUAUCUAUGUACGUGGCCACUACCGGUCAUGCGCCAGCCUCAAGAUCCUAGUUCCAUGUACUCGGCGAUCGCAGUGCACUCAGCAUCUUAUUUGGGUUUGCCGCUUGCUGCUAACCCGACUUCGCGCACUCUGGCUGGGCUUGAAUCCAAUCAUCGCCAUACAAUGGCAAAAACAUGGCUGGGUUGCUUCAUUACUAGCACCUCUCUUUCACUGAUGCUCGGAUUACCUCCACCCUUGAGGAGCCCAAACGACCUCCAUACCAUCGAAAGUAUGAUCAGACUUGACAACAUGCCCAACAAGUUAGUCAUUGAGGCGGAGAUUCAGAGAUGCCUGGCGAAGCACCAUGAUAUCAUCGUGGGAGAGAUAAACAAUCUCAUCCGAGACAACAUCGUUCAAAUGUGUGAUCAAGAACUUGACAGCAUCACGACCAGGCUGCAAUGCUCGUUCGAUUCCCAUCUCAGCUUCUCAUUCUGGAUGGCAAAAUUACAUCUCUAUACGCUGGCAUUGGUGAAAGAGACCCAGCCAUUGAAAGACCGGCGACAGUUUGAACCCGAUAGCUUGUGCGCCAAAUUGCAACAGAUGGCCAUGACUACAGCAUACCGAAUCAUCGAUAUGUAUUGCAACGAAAUCGUAAGCGCAUCGGACGAUCCUUCCGACGAGGAACUGGUCAACGGGCACAUCGCUUUACCCAAAAGCUACUUCUUCGGGGUGAUGGUUGCGACUUUUUUCCUCCUCAAGUAUUUCGUACUCAACAAGACCUGUCCAGCCGAGUGCAAGGUCCAAUCCCGACGCAAAGUACAAAUGGUUCAUACCAAGCUCCAAGAAUACUCUUCUCACCAGUUCACCGAGCCCGGUCGAGCUGCCUCUGUCAUAGAGAUACUUUGUCGUGGAAACCCGGAGUCAGUUGAGAUGGGUUCGGAGAUCGAGGUUGGAGGGGGAGCCUCUAUCGCCUUGGAUGCACUCAUAGCCGCAGCAAACAUUCGAGGAAAGCGUAAUUUAAAAUCACGCUUGCUACAAAAGCUCAAUCCUAUCCCGGCUCCAUCAGCUUCGCGCGAUCCACAGCCGACAAAGGAUGAUCUUAAUCGUCAAGAGCCGCCCGACAGUAUCUACGAAUUGCUCGAGGAGACCGCCUCACUACCUGAGGAUGUCUGGGGCCAAUCUUUCAUGGAGAUGCUAGACUUCCAUACCUCCGACCCCAGUUCUGAAUUCGGAGAGGAUGUUUUUCAUACAGAUACAUGAUUCAAUUCUGCGAGCAGCUUGUGGCAGGGUCCUCCUGGUCUCAUGCAGUGCCCAUCAGUCUUACUAUCCCCUGGUCGCCUCAAUCUCGCGCAAGCUUGCAGCUACUUUCUCUGAAAACGUCAGCCCUAUUAGAGGAAUAUAUUGCUGCGAUCCAUGAACAUCGUUCUCAAGGAAACCGCCAGCAGCAACAAGUUGACCCGCCCGCUUCCGUGGAAUGGUCGCUUUGAAUGCAAGUGCUUGAUCGAACCAUCCGCACCAAAUCAUCUCCCCAGGUUUCAGGUUGCACAGUCCUUCAAUCACCGUGCAAUUCAAAACACCAGAUUCUUUGACCACGCGGUAGAUCUCAGGAUCAUCAAACAUCACAUCAAAUGUGAUCUCGUAUGGUCCUGAAUUUUUCGAACAUAGCACACUCGCCGCAUCAACCACGCGUAGCGGACCGGACAGCGGCAAGAGCGGUUGUGGCAUUGGCAUCCGGCUCGUCGAGACCGCCUUCGCGCUGUUGGCGUGUUGGUCAUGCUUGUUAUCGUUACGCACAGCGACUCUGUCUGUUGCUUCUGGAACACCUUGGCCGAUCUUAUGUGUUCGCCAUUGGAAGAUGCCUUUCCGCGAAUCGGAUACCGCAUUACGCUCAUGCCCGUCGGCUUGGCCAGGCCUCUCAAAUGCUGACUCUUCACCAGGUUCAAGGCUCAUCAAGUGGUAAAUGCAGAACUCUGUACAGGGACCUAGCUCAACAUUCUUCGUUCCGCAAAUCCCGAACGCAAAAUUGCCACUUGUUGCUUUCUGCCCAGCAUAGGCCCCAUGCUGAGCGAGGACCAUUAGCAGCUAAGAACUGUCAGAUUGGAUCCAACUUACAAUAGUGGCAACUCUUGCUGUGUCUGCGACGGCAGUUGCAAGGGCCUGAGUAUCCGCCAAUGCCUCACCAAUCAAAACCAGCUCCUCUGCGUCUUUACCGCCGUAUUUGUGGAAUUCCAGCUUCCACGCGCCCUGAGCAUCCGAUUGCUGUUGGCGAACAUACUCUUUGACCAUCAUCAGGAAUUCAUCAAUCUGUCGGAUAAGGAUCGCUGGGUCCCGUCAACAAUCACUUCAGGAGCGCUCAAGAACCAGGUGGCCACUUACGAUCUCUCAUACUACCGAUGUACAUGCUUCGAAACCCAACCAUCUUGGCCGCUUCCAACUUGACCUGAUAGGGUACUCCUUGUGCGGCCGAUGUUUGGAAACGAUCAUCCCGGACUCUGACGGUGCGAUUAUCUCCCAGCUGCUCGUACUGUGUCUGUGUCACAUCGAAGUAACCACCGGGGCCACUCAAUAUAUCCGGUCUCGACUUUUCAUACAAGGUGUGCGCAGCGACUGACAGCGGCGUGCAUCUGCUGUUGGGAGCAAGAGGACGGAUGUCAUACGUGCCGUCCUGAUAUAUGGUCGCCAUCGCACCUGACGACUUCGGUUUGGCACAACUGCCUCCGCAUUCCAGUAUCUUGCCCAUGUGCAUGAAGCUUCCAAGGAUGUUACUGGAAAAGGCUUUGUCGUUCUUGGGAAGCAACUGUCGGAAGCAAAAUGUGGCAAACGCUACAAACGGUGAAGGGUCGUAGGCCCUGCCACCGAUGAGCAGAUUGAAAUCCGGCUGUGCCUCCAUGGCUUCCACAAACGGUUCCGGACCCAUUUGUGCCACAAUUCGUGGACAAUCAUCGAUAUCAGCUUGUGUCAUGGGAGGCACGGCUGGUCCGCAACCUGUGAUGACACCUUUUGCCAGCCGUUGGGUCACAAGUGCUUUGGAUAUCCCCGCAAAGAUUGCAAUUGUGGUGAAAUUGUACGCACUACCAAUAGUCAGCUCGACGCUCCCUGGCUACUUAUCACAUACCUAUUUCCAGGCUCUUCUGCAAUCUCUUCGCACAUUUGAACAAUUUCCUCUACGUUCUCAUCGCUGCCACUUCCGCCGGCAGAACUAAUCAAGACAGGCGCCUUGAAACGAUGACCAGAAGACAGAAGUUUGCGCAGAUCUCGUUUGUAGUUGGAUCUUGGGCAUGUCAUGGUGCCUAGUGCAAGGACGCUGGGUCCACCAUCUGUCGAACCUGAGUCGAGUAUGAUUGCAGUGGGAGCACCAGUGCAGACGCAUUCUUCGAGCGCCUGAUCAACCUGGUCUUGGUUCAAGCCAUAUCCGAGCAUUCCUGUCGGGGUGACAAUAUGGCAUAGUGGCGACGAGGCCCCGACAGAUUUGAUGUCUAUCGAUCCCAUGCUUCAACGGUACCCGGGGGGGUGUUGUUUGCGGGAGUCCACCUCAGAGAAGCAGGAUGUCGCAGGAUUUAUUUGUCUUCUUGAUCAGGAUUGAGUGAAAAUGUACGAGAUGGCCGACAUCGCACCGAUACCGCGACCGCAGGAGUAUUUGUAAGACCUCGCGGCCGGUGCUGCACAGAAAUACUACUCAUGCUUCCUUAGGCAGCACCUCGACCAACUUGAAGACCGCUCGGCAGUUGUGAGGCACCAUUCCCUAGGUGCAGGAGUUAUGCGUGACUCGGCCUUGAUGCGAAUGUCGCUCCUUGGCGAUCUGCCCUAAGAUAGCAAUACGCGCCUUUCGGG